AUGGCUGCCAAAAAGGAGACGGCGACUGUCAGAGCAGCUAGUCUAAGCAGAGCAAAGUCGAAAGGAAGACCGCUCACGAACAUUCCACAAGUGUCGGACCUUCAAACGCCUACCGCUACCUUGAAAGACCUGUUGCAAGGUCCCAAUGGACUCGCAGACCAGAUUAACGAGAUCGAAAAGCUGGGCGCGAGAAUGAUUGCCAUGCGUAAUACUCUUGAAUGUUCUACUUCUACUUCUACACCUCCCAACCCGGCGGACCGCAAGAUAUUCAAUGCUGAAGUGCAAGCUAUCUAUGAGCGGUACCAAGCCAUCGAACCCAAAAAGGUCGACCACGAACUGCGACGCCGUUUCGAGAACGAGCGAGACCGUCCCUUUUCUUAUUGGUCUCUGCUGCGAGCAUCUUGUCUUUACUGGAAAGUCUGCUCAAGAGCCCGGUUUCCGAUCUGGGUAUGGUACGUUGCAGGAAGAGAACUUUGUAUCUUGAAGGCCUUACAAACCCCGGGCGAGGUCCGGUUGCUGACGGCUGAGAUGUACAAGAUUCUGAAAGUCGACACCAAGUUCACCAAAGGUUUGUUGGAAGGAAGCCUUGCCCGUGCAGAGGACAUGUUUUACGAUGUGUUUAACGAGCCAGCCUUGGAUGAUCAAGGCGACGAUGUUGAUAACGGCUCUUGA